AUGCCACCCCCCAAAAUCCAAACCUACCACUGCCACUGCACAACCCUCCUCCUCGCCAGCACCCACACCCUCACCACCCUCCCCCGCCGCACAACCUCAAGCUCCCCCGACAUAAUCCUGCCGCUCCCCUCCUCUCCACCAGCACCAUCCGAGGACCCUCUUCCUCCGUCCGGGUAUACACUGUUACUUGCUCUUACAAAGGACAAUAAAGCGGUGAUUAUUAGACGGGAAGAUGGGUUCGAGAAGAGGGUUUUGUAUAGGUGCGAAAGGUGUCGGGUUGUGAUUGGGUAUGAGAUUGUUGGGCUAGGUCAGGGCCAGGGGGAAAAGAUGGAUGUUGAUGGGGAGGGAGAGGAGGGGGAGUAUAGGGGGCAGGUGAUGUAUUUGUUGCCUGGGGGGAUAUUGGGGACGAGUGUUAUGGGUGGGAAUUGGAAGGGGAAGAGGAUUGGGGAGGAAGAUGUUGAUAUUAGGAGUGGAGGGGUUGCUGUUUUUGAAUAG